GCGAGACACCAGCCAGCUAGCUAGCUCGCUAGCGGGAGGAUGGCCGGCAGGGCGGUCGGCGUUCUCCUGGCCGUGGCCGUGGCCGCGCUCCUCGCCGCGGCGGCGAGGGCGGCGGACGACGACGACAAAAAGCAGCCAUGGAAGUGCUUCAGAUCAUGCGCCAGGGGUUGCUACCACCACCACGACAACUAUGCUGCCACCGUGUCGACGGACUUCCCCUCCUCCGGGGACGCCGCCGAGGUCUCCGCCGUCACCGGCGAGUGCAAGAACGGUUGCCACGACGACGAGUGCUUCAAGGACCUGCCGGCCAUCAGCCACACGCAGUGCGCCAUGGCCACCUGCCUCAGCCAUCCGCACAAUAGCAGAAAGAAAACGGCGUGCUUGAAGGACUGCUGCGAGAAGUGCUUCGGCAAUAGCCCACCUAAGCCCGGCCCACCUAAGCCUGGCCCACCUACGCCUGCCCCGCCAGAGCCUCCUGGCCCACCUGCGCCUGGUCCCGGCCCGAAGCCGACAUCUCCGCCAAAUUAAGCCGAAGCAAUGGGCAAACCGAAGGAAUACUUGCUUAUAAUUCCUACAAAAUAAUACGUAUAGGAGUACUUACUUGGAAAAAGAGAUCUUAUGGCUGUUGCCGGAAGUGAUAUUUUCUCUUGUGUUGGCCUAUAACAGCAGCCAACCAACUCCAAAGCUAUUUGGCAUUCCAUUCCAGUUUCAAUAUUGAUAACAAUACACUUAGGCCAAUCUCAAUGAGAAUUGUAUUAGAGUUUCAUGCAUAUUAAAUAUGCUGACGUGACAUUGUAUUAAUGAACAGAGAGAUAAUAAGAGUUUUAUGUGAUUA